CUGAUUAGUUUAGCAUAAAUUAUCAGUUAUUUAAUACUUUCGCCUUGCGACGAGGACGGCGUGAAAAAGUGCGCGCACAACAUCGCGCCGCGCGCCGAAAACCAGUCGCGAAGAGAAACCGCAACAAUUUAGUUCGCAUUAUUUCGCUGCCAUGUCGAAUAGUAAGCAGGAGAAUUUGCAGACGUUGAACAUCAACGAGCCACGAUAUGACCAGGGCACGUAUUCCGGCCGAGCGAAACAUUUUUUCAUGGUCACGAAUCCAUUGAACGUACUUCAAAGCGCCUCCACCUUGGAAAGAGCGCGGCAAAUCAUCACAGCCUUCAGAAAGGGUGAAUUGAAGGAACCAAUCACAGUGAAUGAAUUAUGGCGACAAAAAUACAUCUACGAUUCAGCGUUUCACCCCGACACCGGCGAGAAGCAAUUUGUCAUUGGCAGGAUGUCUGCACAGGUGCCAAUGAACAUGAUCAUCACCGGAGGCAUGAUGACCUUCUAUCAAAGCAAUCCGGCGGUCAUCUUCUGGCAGUGGAUCAAUCAAACGUUCAACGCGCUCGUGAAUUACACAAAUCGUAGCGGCGAUGCUGCAAUAUCGGCAAAGCAAUUAGGCACUUCGUACGUCUUGGCGACAACGGGCGCCGUUGGCACAGCGAUGACACUGAAUCAAUACGCAAAACGGCUGCCGCCCAUCGCCGGACGCUUCGUGCCCUUCAUCGCCGUCAUCGCCGCCAACGCCAUUAACAUCCCAUGCAUGCGUAUGCAGGAAAUAACCGAAGGCACACCUGUUUUUGACUCCGAGGGUAACCGCCUAGGUCAAUCCACAGCGGCUGCACGCAGUGGUAUCGCCCAGGUUAUCUUCAGCCGGGUGGUAAUGGCGGCACCCGGUAUGAUGCUCACGCCAUUCGUAAUACAGCACCUCGACAACAAGGGAAUCUUCAAACGGCGUCCAUGGUUGAAUCUCCCAAUCCAACUGGGCGUGGUUGGAUUCUUCCUUAUUUUCGCCACGCCUCUCGCGUGUGCCGCAUUUAAACAGAAAGCUGAGAUCAGCUUUAACAGCUUAGAAUCCAGCCUACAGGAAGAUAUACGGAAAAAUCGUGGUGAUAAUGUACCAAAGUCACUUUUCUACAAUAAAGGAUUGUAAAUUGUUAAAAGUCGCGCAUGCGCAUGCAUGGAUGAACAUAUCAGUACAGGGUACACCUACCUCCUCAUCACAAUCGCGGAUAUGUGAAACUCAUGACCAGAGGCAACCUUAGCAUUAAAUUAGUGUUCAGACAAUAAUUGUCACGCGCUGAAGGUGCAAAUUAGACUAAUAAAUAUUAAUAUAUU